GCACUCUGCACGAAUACAGAGAUUACGAUGGUGUGUAAAAGAGUUACCCGCUUUCAUGGAGCUGACCUUCUAGUGGGAAAGAGAUAGCUGAAGAAAACGUGUAAGGAGCCAUGAGAACUUAAAACAGGGGAAGUGAGCUAAGAUCUAGUGGGUGAGAAGGAGGUAACCAGAGGAAGUACAUUUAGGACUGUGAAAACUUCUCAUGCAAAGGCUGUCAGGUCAGAAAAUCUUGGAGCUGUAAGGCCCACGAAGCUGGAGCAAAAGCAAGUUAAGCAGUGUGGAGUUCCAGAGGAGGCUAGAGAGGAGGGAGAUGACCUCAAUCUUGCGGAGUCCUCAGGCUCUCCAGCUCACUCUGGCCCUGAUCAAGCCUGAUGCAGUUGCUCACCCACUGAUUCUGGAGGCUGUUCAUCAGCAGAUUCUGAGCAACAAGUUCCUUAUUGUACGAAUGAGAGAACUUCUGUGGAGAAAAGAAGAUUGUCAGAAGUUUUACCAAGAGCAUGAAGGGCGCUUUUUCUAUCAGCGGCUGGUGGAGUUCAUGGCCAGUGGGCCAAUCCGAGCCUACAUCCUCGCCCACAAGGAUGCCAUCCAGCUCUGGAGGACGGUGAUGGGACCCACCAGAGUGUUUCGAGCACGCCACGUGGCCCCAGAUUCAAUUCGUGGGAGUUUUGGCCUCACUGAUACCCGUAACACAACCCAUGGCUCUGACUCUGUGGUUUCAGCCAGUAGAGAGAUUGCAGCCUUCUUCCCGGACUUCAGUGAACAGCGCUGGUAUGAGGAAGAGGAGCCCCAGUUGCGCUGUGGCCCAGUGCACUACAGCCCAGAGGGAGGCAUCCACUGUGCAGCUGGAAAAGGAGGCCCAGGCCCAGCCUGAGGCAGGCCCAUCGGUCCGUGAAGACCAGUGGCACUGCCCAGCCUGUUCUCCUAGACCUCUGCUCCAGAGCAUUCUCCUAGGACCAGGGAGACCUGGGGCAUGGUGCCAUCUCUGCGAGGCACAACUACCUGCGUAAGGGCCUAACUCCUCACUGCCACCUCUUCUAGAAUCUAACUCUAUCUACCUCUUGUCUGGAAUGUUCAUGAGUGGUUCAGAGGAAUGAUGGCUCCUCUUUUUUCUAAGAACUGUUCAUCCUUUUUCCAGGAAUAACUUGCCCAAUUGACUUGCCUGAAAAGUGAAGUGACACUGUAUUAACAACAUUUGGCCUAUUUUCCUUAAUAAAAGUCAGUGUUCUACUGAA